AUGAACAAGUGUAUCUUACUUAUGGGUCUUUAUCUGCUGGGAUCCGCCAGAGGAGCAUCAGGUCAGCCUGAUGAGCCUCCUGGCUCUAUGGAUCAUCAAUCUUCGAUUCAUCAACUUUCAGGUGAAUACUUUCCACUUGGAAACCCUUCUGAUGCCGAGGCUUUAUAUGAGACAUCAGGUGAGAACGCGUUAAUUGAGCAUGGUUCCAGUGAGCAUGGCACAAGCGAGCACACUUCUGGUGACCAGCCUUCAGGAGACCAGCCCUCGGGUGAAAAAUCUGCAGCAGAAAUGCCUUCAGGUGAACAAAUUUCAGGUGAACUGUCCGCUGCUUCAGGUGAACACGGUUCGGGUGAACAGGCCAUUGUCACUUCAGGUGAACACGGUUCGGGUGAACAGGCUGCUGCUUCGGGUGAACAGGCUUCAGCUGAAAAGCCUUCAAGUGCACCAAUUGCAAGCACAUCCUCAGGUCUAGUAGAUUGCCACACAUGUUCUUUCAUGACUGAUGAAGGAGAAUGUCUUCAUGGAGAGGGAGUCUGCACCACUCAGAAUUCCCAGCAGUGUAUGCUAAAGAAGAUCUUUGAAGGUGGAAAUCUCCAACUCAUGGUUCAAGGGUGUGAGAACUUUUGUUCAUCUGUGAACCUCUACUCCCGCGGAAUCAGAAUGCAAAUUACAUGCUGCCGGAAUCAAUCUUUCUGCAACAAGGUCUAG